UUUUCAAGCGUACUGAGCAAGACAUUUAAUUUAAGUUGAAUCUUCCUAAGCGCUUGCGCCAUCAAUACCCCGCAACUCCCGUAUAUUAAGACAUGCAGAUGCCCUUGUAUUUUGAUCGUUAAGUGAUAUAAUUCAUCACCCUUCUAUUUCACCAAAAAAGCCAUCUUAAAAUCGGCUAGUUAUUAUCGAGACAGGCCACCACCAUCUGGGGAAAUUACUCCGGUAUCAGUUGGCAGAGAGCUCAGCUACCUACUCAGCGAUUUCAGAAUGAACGGCCAAGCUUUGGCAUUCGCCGCCCCUUGGGCUGAACAUAUUGCACUUCGAAAGGCUCCUCGCUGCGUUCAUUGUGGCGGACGUACACAGAAGGAACCCUGUCAGUCAUCCAAUAAGAACGGUAAUGCGUAUCGUCCAUACUAUAGCUGCUCUUCUUGUGAAAGGUUCGUCUGCUUUGGAGAUAUGCGGGGUGUGUUGGCAGAAAAUCCCACAUGCUACUGUGACCAUGGAAUGCAAUUCAGCAGACGUGGCAUAGCAGGCGGAAGAGCGAGAUUUCCACGGUCAAUAUUCUAUCAGUGCGCUACGGGGGGAUGUUUAUUCUUCGAAUACAUGACAGACAAUCAUGAUCGGAUCAUGAUUUACAGUGGUCCUGUCACUCCACGUCAUUUAACUUUUAUCGGGUUCUAAGGGCCUCGGUCUCGGCACAAGUGGAUAUACCCGCGAUAUUCUAAUAACUACAGGAAUAACAUCUUCAUGCUAGGUGCAUC